AACAAUAAAUUCAAACUACAAUUUUUGCUUUGUAAUAAUACUUUGUAAGAUUUUCAAUUUUUUUUCGUUUGUUCUAUUCUACAUUUUAAAAUAUUGAAGUUUUAUUAUAUUUUUUUGUUUAGGUAAUUUAUACAUUGCUAAAUAUGGCUACUGAAAGAUAUAGUUUCUCGUUGACUACCUUCAGGUAAAAAAAAUAGAAAUUAGAUUUUAUAUUUUUAACAAAUUUCUUUAAAAUUUGAAUGUAUAAAUUGUAUUAAAUACCUGAUCAAUAUUUGUGUAGCUUUAUUUCAUUACAAUUUAAGUUUAAUUGUUUUGUUUCUGUUAUAGUCCUUCAGGAAAACUUGUUCAGAUAGAAUAUGCACUAGCGGCAGUAUCGGCUGGAGCAGCAUCAGUCGGUAUUAAAGGUAAAUAGUUUAAACACUACUCAUAUAGUAUUUAUACAUUUUUUUGUUUCAUAAAAUAAAAUGUGAAUUGUAUUAUGUUAUUUUGGAUUUAUGAAAAUUAUUAGUCCAUAAACAGAAUAACAUUGCAAAUUAAUUCUAGUUAGAAGUUAGAAGUUUAUUAUAUUGAUUAUAGCAAAACCAUUGGGUUUUUAAAAAAUAAACAAAGUUUGAAAGUAUUCUGUAAUUAAGAAAUAUUUGUAAUUAUAUUUUCAAUGUACUUAUUUAAUUUCUAACUUUUUGUUAAAAUAUAUUAAUAUAUUGAUAAAUUAAUUUCAAAUGUAUUGUGUUUUAGCUUCAAAUGGCGUUGUGGUUGCAACUGAAAACAAACGUAAAUCUAUUUUGUAUGAAACUACUGUUGAAAAAGUACAAAAAGUUACACCUAACAUUGGAAUGGUAUACAGUGGUAAUUAUAAAAUCAUGGAUUUUUACUAUACCUAAUAAAUAAUAUUUAAAAAAUCAUUGUUUUGUGUUAUUUAUAUUUAAAUAUUUUAUCAAAUUUUUAAAUUAAGUAUUUAUAAAUUACUGAUAAUUCUGUAAUAAUUCCUGUAUUUUAAAAUUAUACAUUUUGAACAAAUACUCUUUUUAUCAGAGAGUAAAUUACUUAUGAAUAGCGUUUAUAUCACAUUCCAAAAUAUCAUGGUUUCCCCAAAGAUUUCCUGUAAGAUUAUCUAUCAUUUGUACACUGAUUUCUAUUGAAUGAUUUACCUUCUCCUUUUUAUAGUAUGAUUGGGUAUAUUUGUUUUAUAAUUUAGGAACAUUUGUUAUUUAUAAACUAUUUAUUAUCAAUUUUUUAUUUAAAAUGCUAUGAACAUAUUCAAAUAUUUAUAUAUCAUUUGUAUUGAAUAAUGAGAUACAUUUUUUCCUAUCUUAAUUCUAUGAUAUUUUUAGGCAUGGGCCCAGAUUAUAGAUUACUAGUUAGAAAAGCGAGAAAAGAAGCAGCACAGUACCAAUUGAAAUUUGAAGAAGAAAUACCUACAGCUUUAUUGGUACAGGAGGUUGCUAGUGUUAUGCAGGAAUACACUCAGUCCGGGUAAUUAUUUGUACUGAUUUUCAAUAUUAAUAUUAGUGUUAUCAACAAUUCCCAACCAAAAAAACGUGUAUUCAAACAUAAAAAUUGGUUGUCUUUUAAAAAAUAUUUUGAAAUUAUGCAUUCAAAGAAAUUGAUUGAAUGUUUAAAGGUCAGAUUUUGUAUGUUAAACUGACUACAAUUUAUUAAUCUACUGUAAUCUUGAGUAUUUUUUUGUCCAAUCAAAUACUCCAUCAUCUAUUUUUGUAUUCGGCUAUAUCUUUCCAUUGUACUCUAGGUUUCAUCAAUUCUACAUCCCUGACAACAAUCCUGCAUUUUCCAUUCUAAAGUGAUAUCUUUCCAGUGGUCACUUUUCUGUUGAGUUUUUUUGGUUAUAGUUCUUGUUAUUGAAACCUGUUUUUCUUCAUGCAUAUCCUGUCUAUUUCUUUCUUCUCAUUCAAACGUCUUAACAUUUUUUCUUAAACUACCUACUGUUGUAGUUAAUUAACUAGUAAAUUUGACAUUUUCGAUUACAUUAUUUUAUUGUAUUAGUAAGGUAAAUAUGUCCAAUUUAUCAGCCACUCAAUGACAGGAAUUUUUUUCCUAAUCAAAAAAGGCAACAUUUUAACAGUAUUGGUAACAAAUAUUUGAACAUUAUUCGUUAAAAAAAAAAUUGAAUAUUUUGACCUUCAUAAUAUAGUGGAUUUCGCUUAAUAUGGCAUGUUACAUUAAGCGGUUAUCCAUUUUAACCGAAAUAAGUAUUGUUAUACAUUAGAAUCUGUACCAGACCAUUAUUCCAAAGUUUGGCGAUUGAUCAUAUUAAAUGGAAUCCAUUGUAACAUAUUAAGUCAUCCAAAUUUUACAUUACAGUAAAUUUCAUCUUGAAAUACUUUUUUUUUCAAAAUAACUUUCUGGAAUUAUACAUUCUAAAAUGUGACAUUGUCCUCAUAUUGUCUGCUCUAGUUGUGCAACAAAAUAGCAUAUUGGAAUUUGUUUUUAGGCAUGAAAACUAGAUGUUUACUUUCAAACAGUAUUUUUUUUAUUCUUUACAUUGAAUUCCGAGUAUAAGUUUACAUUGUGAAAGUACCUGUUUUUAUUUAGUAUAGAUCUUAGUAUGUUGUUUCGAGUUGUUUGAAGUUGCUUAAGAUUGAAAUUGCAGUCACUACUACAGGCAAUUAUUUCGUUGGUUAAUAAUGAUUCAACUAAGGCUUUAUAUACACUUUUAAUAUGGGCAGAGUUUAACAUACGUUUUAGCUGGUUAAAGGUAUAGAUGAGCUUACGUAGUUUGGUUACUAGUAGAUUUAUAUGUCUUGUUCAUUUAAAAUUUUUGCUCAUUUUAACACCCAGGUAUUUUACAGAUGUGCUGAUGCUUAAUUUGGUUUCACAAGCGCAUGAGUUUAUAUUAUGACAGUUAAAUGAGUGCAAUGGAAUGUGGUUUAUGUUGGGAAAUUAGAAUAGGUUACAUAUAUAAUAUAUAUAUAUAUGUAUAAUAUAUAUAUAUUCAUGCGGUAGCAUGUAUGUCUUAUCAAUAUUUAGGAAAAGUUUAUUUUCCAGUAACCAGUUUUGAAUGAUGGUAAUAUCAUUUUGUAUAUUAAGAAAGACGUCAUCCUAGGAGUUUCUUGUCACUAUUAAUGCUGUUUUAUCAGCAAAACAUCCUAAUAAAACUCACUCUCAAAGGCAGUGAGUUAUUAUUAUUUAUUAUUAUAUUAUUUAUCUGAAUAUUAAAUAGGAAAGAGGAAAAAGAGGUGCUUUGGGGAACUCCAUAUUUAAUUAGUUUACGAGAACUCAGUGUGUUGUUUAUCUUUACAUACUGGAGGCGUAAGACAGGUAAGAUUUAAGUAGUUUUAGUGCUGUAUUUUUAAUUCCUAUAUCAAUAAGUUUUGAUAGAAGUAUGUCAUAGUCUACUGUGUCGAGCGCUUUAGCCAAGUCAAGGUAAAUUGUUACACAUUUUGUAUCAUUAUCUAAUGCAGUGUAGACUACGUCAGUGACUUGAGAAAUAGUUUGGUCAGAAUCUUUUUUUGGUUUGAACCCGAAUUGGGAUGGAUGGAGAAUAUCAUAAGUUUUAAGGUAGUCUUGUAAUUCUUUUUUGAGUAACUUUUCAAAGAUUUUAGGAAUAUUUGAAAUCAGCGAUAUUGGACGAUAAUUAUUAAUGGAGAGUUUAUCUCCUUUUUUAAUAUUUGGGUUAUUACUGCCGUUUUAAAUAUAUCUGGAAAGACCGAGUUGGUUAUUAAUAUAUUAAAAAUGUGUAAUGAUGAUUUUAAAAGUAUAGAUGAGUUAAUUUCAUCCUUAAUGUUGUCAUGCCCAGGUGCAGAACCGCUUUUUAGGGUCCGAAUUGAUUCUAGGACAGCAGAAGUGUCAUUAAAUAUAUUAAAAUUACUGAAUCGGUGAGAAAUGUUUUCCAUUGGUUUAGACGUUUUAAUUUUGUUAGGUAUUUUUUUUUUUAAAUUUAUUAUCUUGUUUUACAUCAUAUCACAGAUAUGGUUGUUUUAUUUUAAUUAAUUGUUAAAUUUAUUAAUUUUACUAACUAUAUUAUAUUGAAUUGUUGUUUUGUUUUUAUGAUUUUUUCAAAAUUUGUUUAGACUUAUUUUUAAAUGUGAAAAUUAUUAAAAUGUAUACAUUGAUUUAUCUUCUACAAUAUUGAUUCUAAUUAUAUAGUCAAGGUUUUUAAACAUAAGUUUAGAUUGUCUUAUAUCCUUGUUUUAUCCUCCGUCUGUCCAUAUAGUUACGGUUGUUGGUUUGGUUGAUUAGGAGAUAUUAUUGUACUAUAUUACUCUUAACAUUAUUGUACAUUAUUUUUAUUAUUAAAUUAAUUAUAAAUAUUAAAUUUACAAUAUACUAGUCAAUACAAAAAUUAAAAAUAAGUACUAAAUAAAACUUUUUUUAGUGUAAGGUCCAUUUUUACAAUAAUGUUUGUAUAGUGCUAACCGGCAGUUAAAUUUGCUGAAAAUCAGCAAAAUUCUAUUUCGUUUGUAAUGCUAUAAUAUUAAUAAAAUAUAAAACCUAAUAAUAAUUAUGUUAUUAUUUAAUUACUUUAACAAUUACAGAUAGAUAAUAAAUAUAUUACAAUCUUAAAUCAUAAUAAUGUAAUGUUUACCAUCCUCUGUUUUAAGGUGUGGGUAAUAUGCUGUACUAAAGAUAAUAAUACCAUUUUUUGUUGAAUAAAAAAAAAAACUUACAUUGUCAUGGAUUGGGAAUUUCAUUAUUUAUACUGAAUUUUCUAUAUUUCAUGUAACAGUUAAAUUUUACAUUACAUUAAAAAAAUAAUUAUUCCUUGACAAUUUGACUGUAACUUGGAAUUUGGAAUAUUCUGUAUAUAUUAUAUUAUAAUAUUGUAUUCAUUUUAUGUGAAUUAAUGCUAAAUAGUAUUUACAUAUCAAACAAAGUACUUAUAAAGAUUUAUUCUCUUGGUGAAAUAAUUUGAAAAUAUUUAUGUUUAUAUAAAUUCAGAAAAUAUUAUUGUUAAUUUAAAAUUGUUUGUAAUGCCAAGUAUUAUUUUUUAUUCAAUGCAUUUUUAACAGGUAAAAAUACUUGACUUUUUUUUUCCAUUGUACUAAGAUCUGUGUGACCUAUAUUUUAAAGAACCAUUAUUGCAACCAUUGUAAAAUAAACUUAAAUAAAUGCCGCAUACUUGUAAAAUAACAUUAAUAUAUUUGUAUUAUCAUUCAUUUAUGUCUAUUGAUACUAACAAAAUCUAUAUUAUUAAUAGAAACUAUUAUUUUCUAAAUUGGUAAUUACCGCAUAUAGAUAUAGUCCAUAUAUUAUUAAUUACUGAUUGCUUAGUACAAUUAUUUUAAUGAAUUUUUUUCAGUGGUGUUAGACCUUUUGGAGUGUCUUUAUUGGUGUGUGGUUGGGAUAAAACUGGACCUAAACUCUACCAGUGUGAUCCAUCUGGAGCGUAUUUUGCAUGGAAGGCCACGGCAUUAGGAAAAAAUUAUGUCAACAGCAAACAAUUUUUGGAAAAAAGGUAAAUAAAAAACAUUACACAUGUUGAUAUUAACAUAUUAGUUUAAAUUCUAACUUUACUUGAUCAUAUCUUUUAUUAAAAGUUGAUUAUUAUAUCUUUGAUCCCAAGGAGACAAUUGAUUUUUGGUAUUUUUUUUUUUUUAAUUUUGUCAUGUAAUUUUUUCCGUUUUUAUUUGAUCACAUUUAGAUCAAAAUAUAUGUAAUUAGUGUAUGUAUUUUCAAAACUAAAUUUGAUUGUAUUGGAACUUACACAAUUGAUUAGACAUUUUUCCCUGGGAAGAUUUGUCUGUUAAUAUUUUUAUAAUGUGUUUUAGAUAUAAAGAAGAUUUAGAAUUGGAAGAUGCUAUCCAUACAGCUAUUUUAGCAUUAAAAGAAGGUUUUGAGGGACAAAUGACUGCGGAUAAUAUUGAGGUUGGAGUUUGCCGCAAAAACAGAAAUGAUGAAAUAAUAUUUGAAAAACUCGAUCAACAACAAGUUGCUGAUUAUUUAGCUAAUAUACCGAAUUAAGUUUAAGAUUUUUUUUAAUAAGAAAACUAAAUAUUAAUUUUAAUAUGUGUUUGAGUUAAAAAUGGUCUAAUGGUAUAAGAUGUAUUGUUUCAAAAAAAAAAAAAUUGUGUAUGUCAUACAUUAUUAAAUAAGACCUAACUGAUUUUGAAAAGUAAAAUCUAUGGUAUUUUUAAAAUAAAUACUACAUACUAAAUUAUUUUAAUUUGAUUUUAAAUCAUCAAAUU